AUGCCGCGCACGCUCCCCGCCGGUAAACCUCCGGCGCGAGCAACCCAGCCGCCGGAGCCCGCGACGCCGUCACCCAAGAGCAGGAUGGCCGACGCGCAGCUGCCGGAGCGCAAAAGGAAGGUCGCGCCAUCGGCCGGUCCGCCGAAGAAAAAGAACAAGAAGACCAGAUCGCCGCCGGCCGAGCCCGAGAAGAAACCUCUGCCUCUCCCUCUCCCGUUCGAGCAUGCCCGGACACCCGGCGACGAGGCCCCGGUGCGGGCAACCCAACCGCCGGACCCCGCGAAGAGCAAGCAUCCGCCGUCAGCCAAGAGCAGGGAGGCCGAUGCCCAGCUGCCGGAGCGCAAGAGGAAGACCGCGCCAUCAGCAGAUCCGCCCCAGAAGAAAGACGAGACGACAUCGACGCCGGCGGCCGAGCCCGGGAAGAAGCCUCUCCCGUCCGAGCACGCGUGGACGCCCGGCGACGAGGUCAAGAUACUCGAGGCCCUGGCGGCGCAUCGCCAGGAGAACGGCAAGCUGCCGAGAACCAAGGUGCUCUUCUCCUCCCUCCAGCUGCAAGGCCGCUUCGACAACAAGGGCUUCAGCCUGCCGGACCUCCGGCAGAAGGUGCGCAGUCUCAAGGGCCGGCACGACCACGAGGCCAUCAACGGCGUCCCUGCCAAAGAAAAUGAGUGCAGCCUCUGCCACCUCUCCAAGACCAUCUGGGGCACUAUUGCUACGAGCGGUGGUGAAGCAAGCGCAAAAGUGCCAAACGCGGGCAAGACAUUCGAUGAAAUGUGCCAGUUGUACCCUUGUCUCACAGAUGAGGUGACACACAUUGUGGAUGAACCCGCAGUCUUGGAGAGACUGCUCUUGGACUUUGAUGAUACCAAGGCACGUGCAUUGGACUCCAAAAUCGACAACCUCAGGAAAGAGGUCACCGAGGCUAUCAUGGAAUCGGUAAUACCUUUUAACUGA